CGCGGGGGCGGGCCCGGGGCGAGGCAGCUGGGGCGCCAGCGAGCUAGUGGCGAGCGCGGCAAGCAACGGAGAGGAGCGCGAGCACCAGCAUGGCGGGGCUCCGACGCCCGCAGCCCGGCUGCUAUUGCCGCACCGCCGCGGCCGUGAACCUCCUGCUGGGCGUCUUCCAGGUCCUGCUGCCCUGCUGUCGCCCGGGAGGGGCUCAGGGACAAGCAAUUGAGCCCUUGCCGAACGUGGUGGAGCUGUGGCAGGCAGAAGAAGGGGAACUCCUGCUGCCCACUCAGGGUGAUUCUGAAGAUGGUCUGGAGGAGCCUUCUCAAGAACAGAGCUUCUCGGACAAACUAUUUAGUGGAAAAGGCUUACAUUUUCAGCCAUCAGUUUUAGAUUUUGGAAUACAGUUCCUGGGACAUCCUACAGCAAAGAUUCUCCAUGCUUACAACCCUAGUAGGGACAGCGAAGUUGUGGUGAAUUCAGUGUUUGCAGCUGCUGGACAUUUCCAUGUGCCACCAGUUCCCUGCAGGGUAAUUCCAGCACUGGGGAAAACUUCCUUCAGAAUUAUUUUCUUACCUACUGAAGAAGGAAGCAUUGAAAGUUCUUUAUUUAUUAACACCUCUUCCUAUGGAGUCCUUUCCUAUCAUGUAUCUGGAAUUGGCACUCGCAGAAUCUCUACAGAAGGAUCUGCAAAACAGCUACCAAAUGCUUAUUUUCUGCUUCCAAAGGUCCAGAGCAUUCAGCUGUCACAAACGCAGGCAGAAACCACUAAUACUAGCCUCUUGCAGGUGCAACUGGAAUGCAGUUUACAUAAUAAAGUGUGUCAGCAAUUAAAGAGUUGUUAUCUGGAAUCUGAUGAUGUUUUGCAUCUACAAAUGAGCAUAAUGGUAACAAUGGAAAACUCUUUGAAAGAAUUUGAAGAAAACACACAAGAUUUGUUAGAUCAUCUCUCUAUUGUUUACGUUGCUACAGAUAAAUCUGAGACCGCAGAUGAUUCAGCAGUAAAUAUGUAUAUAUUACAUUCAGGAAACAGCCUUAUAUGGAUACAGGAUAUACGCCAUUUCUCACAAAGAGAUGCUCUGUCUCUGCAGUUUGAACCAGUACUACUACCUACUUCUACAACAAACUUUACAAAAAUCGCUUCUUUUACCUGCAAAGCAGCUACAUCAUGUGACAGUGGAAUUAUAGAAGAUGUGAAGAAAACAACACAUACUCCAACACUAAAAGCAUGCCUCUUCUCUUCUGUGGCUCAAGGGUAUUUUAGAAUGGACUCUUCUGCAACCCAGUUUCACAUAGAGACUCAUGAAAACACAUCAGGACUUUGGUCAAUAUGGUACCGCAACCAUUUUGACCGUAGUGUUGUAUUAAAUGAUGUGUUUGUUUCCAAGGAGACCAAGCACAUUUUAAAGAUUCUGAAUUUCACUGGCCCUUUAUUUCUACCUCCAGGCUGUUGGAAUAUAUUUUCUUUGAAACUUGCUGUUAAAGACAUUGCCAUAAAUCUAUUCACCAAUAUAUUUUUGACUACAAACACAGGUGCCAUUUUUGCAAUACCUCUACAGAUUUAUUCAGCACCAAGCAAGGAAGGGAGUCUGGGUUUUGAAGUGAUAGCACAUUGUGGCAUGCAUUAUUUCAUGGGAAAAUCAAAAGCAGGAAAUCCUAACUGGAAUGGGAGCCUUUCUCUGGAUCCAUCUAUGUGGGAUGUGGAUUCUGAACUUGCAAAUAAAUUGUAUGAAAGAUGGAAGAAAUAUAAAAACGGUGACGUCUGCAAGAAGAAUGUUUUGGGAACAACUCGAUUUGCUCACUUGAAGAAAUCCAAGGAGUCAGAGUCCCUUGUUUUCUUUUUGCCUCGUUUGGUCGCAGAGCCUGGCCUCGUAUUAAACUUCAGCGCAACUGCCCUGAGGAGCAGCGUGGUCAAGUACUUCGUGUUGCAGAACCCGUCUUCUCGGCCGGUCUCCUUGCAGCUCCUGCCCCUCUCCUUGUACCCUCAACCCGAAGCCAUAGUGCACCUGCUCCACAGAUGGUUUGGCACUGAUAUGCAGAUGAUUAAUUUCACAACUGGUGAAUUCCAGCUCACCAAAGCUUGCCUUUACCCGGGUAUGCAUUCCGAUGAAUCCAGGUUUGGCAUCCUUCACUUACAUUUGCAGCCUUUGGAAAUGAAAAGGGUUGGCGUAGUUUUCACACCCACUGACUAUGGAAAAGUUACCUCACUCAUACUAAUCCGGAAUAACUUGACUGUUAUCGACAUGAUUGGUGUGGAAGGAUUUGGAGCGAGAGAGUUAUUGAAAGUGGGUGGAAGACUUCCUGGUGCAGGAGGCUCACUCCGAUUUAAGGUGCCUGAGUCCACGCUGAUGGACUGCCGUAGACGUGAGUUCGUAGGCGUGGACUCCGACAGGGGAGAACUGAAAGACAGCAAGCAAAUUUUAUCUAUUACAAAGAGCUUUAAAGUUGAGAAUAUUGGACCUCUUCCUAUAACUAUUUUGUUUCUGAAAAUUAAUGGGUAUAAUUGCCAAGGGUAUGGAUUUGAAGUGCUGGAUUGUCAUCAGUUUUCCCUGGAUCCAAAUGCAUCCCGCGAUAUCAGCAUUGUGUUCACUCCAGACUUUACCUCUUCCUGGGUAAUUCGGGACCUAACUCUUAUAACCGCAGCAGACCUAGAAUUUCGCUUCACUCUCAAUGUGACUCUCCCUCAUCACCUGUUGCCCUUGUGUGCAGAUGUGGUUCCAGGACCCAGCUGGGAGGAAUCAUUUUGGAGACUCACAGUCUUCUUUGUCAGUUUGUCCCUGUUGGGUGUGAUUUUAAUAGCCUUCCAACAAGCACAGUACAUUCUCAUGGAAUUCAUGAAAACAAGACAGAGGCAAAAUGCUAGCGCCUCUUCCCAGCAAAACAAUGGUCCUGUGGAUGUAAUCAGCUCCCAUUCUUACAAAAGCAAUUGCAAGAACUUUCUCGAUACAUAUGGCCCCUCUGAUAAAGGCAGGGGGAAGAACUGCCUUCCAGUGAACACUCCCCAAAGCAGGAUCCAGAAUGCUGCGAAGAGGAGCCCAGCCACCUAUAGUCAUUCUCAGAAGAAGCACAAGUGCUCAGUGUAUUACAGUAAACACAAAACCAGCACAGCUGCGGCCAGCAGCACCAGCAUGACUACUGAGGAAAAACAGACUCCGCCCCUGGGCAGCUCACUGUCUGCUGCUAAAGAGGACAUUUGCACUGAUGCCAUGGGUGAGAACUGGAUCAACCUCAAAUAUGCAAGUGGCAUAACUGUCAACCUGCAGAAGAAUUUAACCCUUCCCAAAAACUUACUGAAUAAAGAAGAAAACACACUGAAAAACACAAUUGUUUUCAAUAGUCCUUCUUCACAGUGUCAUAUGAAGGAGGGAAUACAGACAUGUAUGUUUCCUAAGGAAACUGACAUUAAAACUUCAGAGAACACAGCCGAGUUCAAGGAACGGGAGCUCUGUCCACUGAAGACCUCCAAGAAACUACCUGAAAACCAUUUGCCAAGAAACUCACCUCAGUACCACCAGGCAGACUUGCCAGAAAUUUCCAGAAAAAAUAAUGGGAAUAACCAGCAAGUACCUGUCAAGAAUGAAGUAGAUCAUUGUGAAACUUUGAAAAAGGUGGACACAAAGCCUUCUUCAGAAAAGAAGAUUCACAAAACAUCUAGAGAAGACAUAUGUUCUGAGAAACAGGACAUACCUUUCAUGGAGCAAGAAGAUCCUUAUAGGAAGAAAAAGCUUCAGGAGAAAAGAGAAGGAAAUUUACAAAAUUUAAAUUGGAAUAAAAGUCGAUCAUGUAGAAGGAACAAGAAGAGGGGUGUUGCCCCAGUCUCAAGGCUUUCUGAACAGAGUGACCUAAAGCUUGUGUGCAGUGACUUUGAGAGGUCUGAGCUGAGCAGCGACCUCAAUGUGCGAAGCUGGUGUGUACAGGAAAGCACCAGGGAGAUUGGUAAAGCAGAUGCCGAAAUUGCAAGCAGUUUACCUGUUGCCCAGAGAGAGGCAGAAGGUUACUACCGGAAGCCUGAGAAAAAGUGUGCAGACAAGUUCUGCUCCGAUUCCAGCUCUGACUGCGGGAGCUCCUCGGGCAGUGUGCGUGCCAGCCGGGGCAGCUGGGGGAGCUGGAGUAGCACCAGCAGCUCUGACGGGGAUAAGAAGCUGGCAGUGGACACCCAGCACUUCCUGCCUGCUGGAGACAGUGUUUCACCAAAUGACUUUCCCUCUGAAGCUCCCAUCUCCUUGAAUCUUUCCCAUAACAUCUGCAAUCCCAUGGCUGUGAACAGUCUCCCACAAUACGCAGAGCCUUCCUGCCCCAACCUUCCUGCUGGGCCCAGAGGUGUUGAAGAAGAUAAAGGUCUUUACUCACCUGGAGACCUGUGGCCCACUCUGCCGGUGUGUCUGACAAGCAGCUUAAACUGCACCCUGGAGAACGGCGUGCCUUGUGUGAUUCAGGAGCCUGCCCCGGUUCAUAAUAGUUUCAUUGAUUGGAGUGCAACAUGCGAAGGCCAGUUUUCCAGUGCAUACUGUCCGUUGGAAUUGAACGAUUACAAUGCCUUUCCAGAAGAAAACAUGAACUAUCCCAAUGGCUUCCCCUGUCCUGCCGAAGUUCAGACAGACUUUAUGGAUCACAACUCACAGUCUACCUGGAACACCCCGCCCAACAUGCCUGCUGCCUGGGGACAUGCCAGUUUCAUCAGCUCUCCGCCCUACCUCACAAGCACCCGAAGCUUGUCUCCAAUGUCUGGACUUUUUGGUUCCAUCUGGGCUCCGCAAAGCGAUGUGUAUGAAAACUGCUGUCCCAUCAACCCCACCACGGAACAUUCAACUCACAUGGAAAACCAAGCGGUCAUGUGCAAGGAGUACUACCCAGGGUUUAACCCAUUUCGUGCCUAUAUGAACCUGGACAUAUGGACUGCCACAGCAAAUAGGAAUGCAAAUUUCCCACUGUCUAGAGACUCCAGUUACUGUGGGAAUGUGUGAAAAGAAUUGGAUUUUUAAACAAUGUGAAUAAAGAGGCUUGUGUUUUCAUUACUAGUGUAAACUGGUUAUUGAGAUAGAUUAUGACAUUGGUGGAUAUUUUGGCACUUUUCUAUGAAAAUAAAUUUUUUAUUGAAA